CAGAAGGUCUGUCGCCGGCUUUAUUGUUUGUUUUGAAAAAAAUCCAAAAUUGAUGCCGUAGUUCGUUCGAUUGCGAGUGAGAUGAGCAGGACAGGCUGGAAAACCCAUCGCUACGAUGAACUUCCCUUCGAGAUCCUGUGCCUUAUAUUCGAUCGCCUGGAUCUGCUCAGUUUAAAGUGUGCAUCCCUUACCUGCCGCCGGUGGUGCGAGAUCAUCUUCUCCGGAGGCUACAUAAAACGCUUCACACUCUACGUUUCGCUCGUACGAUGGCCGGUGCACGUGAAAGACGGCCACACAUCGCCCUUCCGGAGGCACGGAGAAGACGCCGGCGAUUCAAAACGACUCAUCCUGUUAAAAGCUGUGAAACGAUCCAACCGAGUUUAUCGAAAUCUUACACUAGAGCUGGAAGAUCGUAGCGAUUGCAACAGAUCGGCCACGGGAACGCUGUGCGCAUUGCUGGAACCACACCGCCUAGAACAGCUGGUGUCGCUGCGAAUCACCUUGAAACAGGAAGCGAUCCAGCUGCUGGAGAUGGUAGUCAAAACGAUACCUGCGAUGUCACAGCUUCGUGAUCUUCGUCUUAACGGAUGCUUUAGCAGUAGCACGCUCCUCCGAUUGUACAGUGACACCGUACGGUACCUCGAACUGGACACGAUCGUUCCGCAGCAACUCGAAAUGCCACGGCUACACUGUCUCAAUAUGCAGAUCAAUCGAUCCGCGCCGUACUAUGCUCCGGCUCGGAAUGAAGACCUACUCUACCUCCUCAUGCUGGACAGUGUGAAAGAGUUGAAGCUGACGAUACGAUCCGGGCCGAUACGUGAAACGCACCGGCCCAUUUACACGCAGCGCUUCUAUCGACGGCUGGCAAGCCUUGAAACGUUAACACUUACCGAGAACAGUACGCCAGAGAACACGUUCGUCGCCAUCUGUGAUACAUGCACUUCUCUAACGGUGCUUUCCAUCUCCUCGUUGCAAAUUAUCGGUUCCCGGGUGCUGCAACAGCUUUCCCGACUCAGCAACCUACGGGAGCUUCGGUUGGAAACCAUAGUUACGCCCUAUCCCGUAUCGUUUGCCUCGUUCAAUCUCCCAAACCUCGAGUCCCUCACGGUGGGAUGUACGCUGUUAAUGCCCGAUACGGUUGUUAUGCUGCCACCAUCGCUUCGAAAGCUUGUGCUCUACUGCGGAACCGACAAAGUGCGGGAAGAGUUUUCACUCGUCGUACCGAAAUUGCUGCCACACGUGAGUGAGUAUGAUUUUCGGUUGUCUAGUUUUUAUUAGAACAUUUUAUUCGAUUCGAAUAAACUCCACUUCCACUACCAUAACCCAUCGGAACAAACGUUCUGAUUG